AGCUCCCAGUCCCGUCAUGUUAUACCACUAGCCAUUAGUUUUAGCGCCAGUACCACGCCCACCACGCUCAGUCAUGAUUCAAUUGUAAUAGCAGAUCUCAUCGUGUACGUCUUGCCAGAGCAAAAUUUUCACUAUGAUCUAUUCUUUCGAACCAAGUCUCGUCAUUUUUUUGGUCCGAUUGUCGCUAAGGUUGCAGCCUGUUCUUGUCCACGACUUCCAAUUUUUAUUGCACACAGACAGAGCCAGGCUAUGUGAAUGCGUAAAAAGAAAAAGUGCGAGUAGUCAGGACCAAGAAGUAGAAAAAUAGAGAGCCAGAACAAGUUUACAGUAGGCUCGUCUUAAAGUAAAAGACCAAGUGGAACAAGAAGUUUUUCGACGAGCAGGUCCAGUUUUUAGCUGGUUUACGUAGAUGACCUUUUCGUUUUCGUCGUCGUUUUCGCUUUAGAUAGAUUAAGCUGAAAGUUUAACCAGCAUGGCAUUGUCGUGCAACAAUCAGCUGGACCUUUACGGUGGCGGGCCCCGCCAGCAGCGGUCGCGUGGGUUUGUCACCGUGCGCGAGCCAGCUCUGGGUUUCUUCGCGACAGGAAGUACGGUCGAGCAGCUGAACGGCAUUUACGUCUGUGUGCGUAACGAUUCCGUGACCACGGUGGACAAAAGCCACAAGGUGCUGCUUUCCUAUCGGAAUGACAACAAAACCGGCUGGCUCCUUGUGCUGGUCGAACCGAAGGAGAAGCCGAAACCGAAAGAGCCACCAAUCGCGUCCUAUUUACGUCGAAGACAAAAACAAUUCAUGGAUGACAGCGAUGAGGAGGACAGCGAUGAUGAAGGUGAGAUAUAUACAAUUUAUUACCUAUGCGUUCGCGUUGUCGUAGGAGACGAAUAUUUUCUUUUCUAGAAAUCGUGUGAAUUUUUCGACUUUCGUGCAGCCCCGGCCCCCCAAAUACUAUUUGGGGAAUAGACAAUACAAUACCGUCUUGACCAACGCAAGAAUACACCGACCACAGUUUCCGCCCUCCACAAGCGCGAGUGGUUGUUUGUGGAUCCGCAGGGGCGCGACCGCUUCCGCCACGACGGCGACACCAUCAUUCCGGGUGCCGGCGUUUCCUGGAAGCACCUCCACCGCCAGCCCUCCACCCCCGUCGAGGAAAGCUGCGACGAGGAAGAGGCCUUAUGAAAUGCAAAAGCAUCGUACUCGUAUAAAUGCAUUGCAAGAAAUUUCCUCAGCAUGAGAGCGAAAAUUUGAAAUGCGGACUUCCCUCAAGAUAAAGAUUUGUAAUGCAAGACUUGCAUUUAUACGAAUACGAUACCUUUGCACAGGAUAGGCUUGGGCGAGUGCGGAUUCCGAUUCGGACGACGACGAAAUGAACGGCGGGGCCGCAGCCUCGUCCUCGUCGAAGAAACCGAAAACUUCUUCCAAGGAAAGCAACAAAAAGCCGGUGUCGGAUUGCCGCGCCAUCCAGCCCGCCGAGGAGAAGAAAGACGACGAGGACGAGUUGCCCUGGCAAGUGAUUGCCAUUUUGGACCGGGAGACGGUGAGCGACAUGCGCUACACGCAGCGCUGCUACGACGCCAAUAUCGUCGCCGCGAAGUCCGGAAAAAGAUUGCCCAAAAUCGAGGCGCUCACUGGUAUACUUUAUUUGGAUUCAUUAAUAACGACCCAUGCGUCAUUGCAUGUUCUAGCUUCGAGAAAUCCAGGAAAAUUUUGAGGAGCAGACCUCAAAGCACACUUUGAUUGCGCUCCAACUAGGCCGAGAAAUGUUCUUCCCGCGUCUUCAGGUCUCGACCCGGAGCGGAUGUCGGGCUGCUGGGUGUACCGGGUCCGGUGCUUGGGAGGUGUGGAAGUACGCGUGUCCCCCAUGUUCGAAGCGCCGGUCAUUGGGCACAAGCGGCACGGGGAAUACCUGCAAAUCAUGGAGAAACGCACCGUCGACGACGAGGUCUGGUUGCAGAUCAAAACCGAGCAGCGCAACGACAGCUACUAUCGGGGCAUGUACCUCGGCGGUGACAACUGGCUGGAGGAGCGCUGGGUGUCUCUGCGAGACGAAGACGUAUAGAAAUCAGUUUUUACAUCAGGAGAGUUGUAAAUGCAAGAAGAUGAAGCUGAAGAAGGGAUACUGGAAGAAAGAGCAACAGGCGCUUGUUUGACAGCAUAACCAUAUACUAGGUAGUCAGACUGCGGAUUUGCUUUGGAUGUUCUUCUCCGGUCACCAUCGUCGUGUGCUACUAGUGUUGUUUUGCCUCAUCAUGAUGAUGAAGGAUAACAUGCGCUAUGAUAAUUUCUUUUUCUACAAAAAAAAUUUUCAGUUCGACGAGGAGCGAGACCGCCUCGAAGAAAUUGUGGAUCUCCCGGAAAUGAGGGCUGAAUUGCCGGCGGAAAAGCCGGACGCUGGGGCGUUCGAUCGUCCCUUUGAGCCGCGCCUUGCGGACGCCUCCGAUGCUUCCAUGGACGAGGAAGAGGCCGAGGAGGAAAAAAAGGCCGCAGCUGGUAAAGAAGCAGGAGCUCCUGCUGAAAGCACGAAUAAAAAGAACGAAGAACCGGAACACGACAUCGAGUCAUGGCUGGAUCUCUCGCAUUUUCGUAUGGUGAAAAAGGUACGCACAGAAAAAUUUUCCAUCGGGGAGGAGGUGAUUCUGUCCGGAUUGAAAAACGCAGCAAUGAACGGAAAAAUCGCAGUCAUUGUCACAGAGCCCGAGUCCGGCCGCCAAGGAGUGAAAUUCAAGGACGAGCAGGAGCAGGCGGUCAGUGUUAGGGUACUAUAUUUCGAAACAUAUGUUUGAAGGACUUUCAGAAAAAAUCAAGAUUUGCUCAGCAGGUGCCCGCCCCUGGUGGGAAGGGAAGUCGUGAGAGGGGCCUUGUGCCCAGAUGCGCUACUAGAGGUAGACGCAUCAAAUCGCGCAAACUAAGCGGCAAUACGCCGCUCCUCCUGCCGAGUGAAGAAGGGCGGCGCCCGCAAUCCUGCGCGCGAUCCCCCUACCCCUGGUGGGUGUUCUCUUGUUCUUGAAGAAGAGCCCCGCUCUGGAAGCGGGCGAGCAUUGCAGGCUCCUGGUGAGCAGGCGAGGCGCCUCGCCGUCUCUGUUGGGUGAGAUGGUGGUGGGGUUUCGGCCGGCUUAACCUGAACAGCCCAGCGCCACACCCUGCCCGACCAGCCACUCCGAGGAAGGCCCUCGGGCGUGUUGCCGCGUCGUGUGCGAAGAGGCCCGGCAUGGCGUGCCCCUCUCGGCCUUCGGCCGUAUUAGUGGGCACGCUCGCACCGCCGUAAGCCCUGGCGCCCCACGCCGCGCGCAGCAGCUGGGUGGCGGCACUUCCCGGGGAUGGACGGAAGCGGUGGGGCCUGCGCUAUUCGGGAAAGCCUUGGCGGGCACCCCCAGCCCCCUGGCGGGGCCGGCGCCGCUCUUCUUGACGAAGGGCGCACAGCAGGGCUCUGCGCCCCUUGCACCGCUGGCGGGCAAACUGCACCCGCGCGCCGCACAGAUAGCGUCCGGCCUAAAGUCAGACGACAAUUAAGGGACGCGCCCAGGUAGCGCGAAUCGGGAUCCUUUCGCCGUAGUAUAAAUCAAUCUGUGUUGCCCACUUGGUGUGCGCCCUCUGAUUGGUGCUACUAUACGGAACGAGUGCAAGAGCCGGUCUGCCAAGGCCACAAACCUCCAGCGCGCUGUUCUCCUCCAGCUCUCGCCACUUGAUGUUGCGACUGCGUAGGAGGGUUAUGUUUCGCCGGGCCUCCACAGCCUCGCUGUCCGGCGGGUUGCUGCAAGUAUAGCAGGGCUAAAGAGCGGGCGCCGUGUCUGUUUGAAACAAGAGCGGAUCAAAUACAAUGCAAUUUGCUCAGCAGGUCCCUGCAAUGGACGGGAAAUUAUCGCCCAAUAAUCUUCGUAAUAAACACUUUUAUCUAUCUGAAAGGCAAAGGACUAAUGGGAAUCACACGUACGAAAUCUACUACAGAUCGAGAACAUGAAUCCCGCAAGCGGCAGCGAUUCUUCGGGGUCCGCCGAGGGGCCACUCGCGAAGUGCGCGCGGUCACUUGGGCUUUCCCUGGAAAAGUUGGGCAUGGUCGAGGAGGAUGACGUUAGUUCAACGGUCGCUAGCGAAAAGGAUACCUCGCCCUUCACCGAUAAAAAGAGCACCGAUGCGGAGCCCGUCGACGAUCCGAUGGCGGUGGAGUCCAGCACCUCUCCAGAAUUAGUCAGUGACAAUGUCACCGCCCCCGUAUCAUCAACAGUAGCAAGCAACAAACCGUCUCGGACCGUAGCACUCGCCGACGUUUUCGCGGUGGCCCUGCGGGCACAGAAGCGCGACUCCUUCGGAAACAGGGACGAAUUGCUGGCGGCACAGAGUGCCCACGACGUUCUAGUUAAGUCCUUGAAAAGUCGCGUGCAGCCCACGCGCGUAGUGGCACCUCGUCCUACACCCAGCGAUCGUGGAGAAGCCACGGCAGGAGCUUCAUCGUCACCGUCGUCAGAGAAUAAAAAGGUCGAGGUUGAACAGAAAAGUGAGGACACGGAGCCCGCAGAGCAGAAGGACAAGACAGAGCAGAAUGCAGUCGGGACGGGAAUGCCCGCUUUUAUUGUGUCCGGCCCCUCGGACGUGUUACGGCGCGGCACCCUCGGCGUCCGUGCGCAGGAUGCCGCGGUCCUGUGCGAAUCCGACGGCAGCAUCAAGGCGGUCGUGAAGGGCGUGCACGAGCUGCGGACGCUGAUCACGCAGGGAACCGACGACAGCUGCUCUUUGGACAACCUCCGGUUGCGUCUGACCCUGAUUCCAGCGUUACUGCGCACGCGACGGGAGGUCGAGGCGGCCCGAGAAGCGGCGGUUGCGAUCAAACUCUACCCAGACAGCACCGCUGCCGCUCUGUGGCACGCCAGAUUCUCCCUGCGGAGCGCUACGGAAACGGCCGACAAGGAGAAAGCUCUGUCUCUUCUGAAAACCGUUGCAGAAGACGUGCCGAGCUUACUGGAGAGCAGUAGUGUCACAACAGGAGUAGAGAAGGAGGCAUCCUCAGUCGCUAGUACCACCAGCACAGCACACCCGGAGAAAAAGCUGAAUCCACACGGAGUAUGGGCGCGCGAGGAGGCAAAGCGACGCGUGAACUUCUGGAAAGAAAAGGAGCGUGGGGAACGACGGGCGAUGGACGCCUAUUCGCGCGGGCUGUUCGAGGAUGCGAUUAAGUGGUACGACAUGGCCAUUCAGGGCGCCACGAAGUUCGAGGACGAUAAGUGGGCGCGGGCGGAGCUGUUCGCCGCGCGCGCAGGCUCCUACCGCCGGAUGCGUGAAUUCGGAAAGGCGUUAGACGAUUUGGACCACGCGCUCGGUCUGUUUCCAAAAUACAAAAGGGCGCUAUUCAGAAAGGGCGUCGUGCAGAUGGACGCUGGUAGGUUGAUGAAGUUGUACCCUUGUUCGCUUUGGUGCUCUGACUGAAGUGUAUUUUGCUUGUGGUUUCCGUAGUUGUAAGUACUUGAACUUGUAUCCCUCUGCACUUGAUGAACAAGUUCCUCAAGACGAGGUGGGAGUCGUGAAUUUCCCUGACCGUUUCUUUUUUCCUUCAGGUCGUGCCAAGGACGCAAUCCAGAGUUUCGAGAUAUGGGACUCUCAAUUGUUACAUUCUCAACUGUUACAUGAAUUUGUAAUGCAAGAACCGCGAAAGUGAAAGGGACAAGAUUGCGCCUUUUGCAUUACAGAUUUGGCACAGAUUUACAUGCUGUUUAGCCCUUCGGAUAUUUGUCAUGCGAAGCAGCUUAAUCGUGGCGAUCUUGGUGGUAAAUUUGCAUGACAAAUCAUGUAACAGUUGAGAAUGUAACAGUUGAGAGCGCCAUACGAGACCCUGAUGGGUUUGGGCCGCGACUGGGAGCACCUGCUCGACUGGCUAGUACGCGCGCACGCGAUGCAGCGUCGCGGCGGCGGUGUUACGUUCCAAACGACUGGCAUGUUCUCGGAGCAGAAGCUGGGCACGUGGGCGGAGGCGGCCGGCGAGGGCGACAUUGCCAACGAAAAGGACCACUACGCGGUUUUGGGCGUAUCCCAGGAUGCCACGGAAAAGCAGCUUAAGCGAGCGUACCGCGUGUUAUCUUUGAAAUACCACCCGGACAAAGAAGGAGGGAGUACGAGGUAAAGAAAUUUUGUUGGAGGUUGUCUUUUUUUUUGAAGACAUCUUCCUCUUCCAUGCUUUGCUAUGCGUAACGUUAGAAUUAGGCACUUUAGUGCAGGUUUUAAAUCAAAGUCUUGAAUGUGUCUAUAGCAAGCAAUGUUGUGCAACGAACAAACUCCCCCGAACCACAGGGCGUUCCAGCGUGUUGCCCUGGCGUACCAAACUCUGUCGGACCCCGAGAAGCGCGAACAGUACAAUAACGGUGCGGAUCUGGGGAAAGAGAAGAAAGACGAUGAUAGCGACAGCGACGAUGAGCAGAAGAAGCAAAGCCUCCGCGAAGAGAUCGAACGAAAGUACUUCCCGGAGCGUUACAAGUUCUGGCCCUUUGGUGACCCCUUUGUCCAGAAGCGGAAACGCGAAGAGCAGAAGCAGCGCCGCCAAGGAAGACCCGCCUGGUUUGACCAGUUCUGAAGAGAACUGUCAUCAAAUUAUGUUCGUCAUUAGUUUAGCGAAAAUGUUGAUUCCAGCAAAUCUAUGUACAUAUCGAUACUUAUGUUAAUGUUGUUUGCGUUUUCGUUUCACAGAAAGUGUACACCAAGCUGAUUCAAGUGCUGGCAGAAAGUCCACAUGCUUACGAAGUCCGGCACCGUCUGUCAACGCACGACAUCAAGCGCGGUGCCGGAAAUCGGCAUUAUUUUAUGAUAUCGUCUCCUUGUAUCGCGACUACGAAUUCUUGAAUCUGAUUUGUACUAUGAUCAUGUUGAAAUAAAAAUAAUUCUUGGUUUGCAUCGUCAGGACUACGGUGUUGCUGUUGACCAUGACUUUGCAAGAAAGCCCACGCUGUCGUUGCUGAGGAAUCUUCCAAGCUAAAUACUCUCUCUCAACGAUUGGCUGCUUUUUUCAUGACUGCGACUGCUGUGGUCUGUGACUCUGAGUACGGAGGUUGUAUCCUCUGAGUAUAGAAGUUGUACUAGCAGCUAGUAUCCUCGAUGUUAAACUUUGGCUAGUUAUAGUUUAUUUUUGCUGUGCUUCCUUCAUUUUGAUAGAGAUCGCCGACGACAUAAUUUUGAGUCGUUUAUGACUUAUUGGUUUUUACUUUAUUUUCCUGGACCUGGACGACAACGAGGACGACCUUUUUCUGUUGAUGGUUUCCCACUACAACAAGAAAGUUUGUUGCUACAACGACUAUAGGUAUCGCGACAAUAUAGCUGGUUGGAUGAAAAAAUAUAAAUAUUGAAAGGCUGCAAAUUCAGUCCGACUCCGAUCAUCAU